AAGCUCUAUAGCUAUACACACCAUCUCUGGUCGGCCGCCGUAUAGCAGCUCAAAACCACCAUUUCAGCCACUUUCCCUCCGCCGCGGUCAGCCACCCUCAUCUACAAUUUCUUUUUCGAAAAUGCUUCACACCACAACUUGCAUUUAGACUCGGCGACACAUCUAUGUACAGAAGGCGUUGCUGAGGUUGGCUUCAAAGUCAUAUAUUUUCACAAAAUCCCCCAAUUUCAUAAAUUGGAAAUCAGAAUGUCUGAUGCUAAAAAGGAUAUCAAGUUUUCAUUGAAAGCUAUGGUGAAUAAAAAGAAGGGGAAGGUUCUGUUUGUAGAAGUAGACGGCACCUUUGCAGAUGUGUUGAUAAGCUUCCUAACAUUGCCAUUGGGAACUAUUGUGAAAAUCUUGAAGAAGCACUGUGGAGAUACACCGCCACAAUUCGGAAGCUUGACCACUUUGUACACUGGUUUAGCAAAUCUUGAUGAUGUCCAUUUCUGUUCAGAAGGUGCUAAGUCGAUUCUGGUGCAUCCACGAAGUUCAAACGAUGCUGCACGUAAAAAACUAAAGCUAGAUGUUAGUGAUUCCCCACCAUUGGAAUAUUUCAAUUGCCCCAAGAAAUGCACAUUUUCUGAUAGAGUGAAAAGCAUAAGCAUGUACCAUGACCCUUAUCACUGCAGCUACUGCUAUAGUAGUCCAAUGGAAAGAGAAAAAGCUGAAAAUGAAACUCAAACUGUUACUUGUGAUGAUGAUGGAGUUUUCAUGAAGGCGGCCUCGUCUUUUCUGAUAACCGAUGAUCUGCAUAUAAUGCCUAAUGCUGGGCUCUUGCAAGUUGCCAGCUUUAUUGGUAAUGCAGACAUGGAUGAGGCCGAGAUGAUGGACGUUACCUUUGAAUCAUAUCAGGUCAUGGAGUUGCUCAUGUUUUCGUUGAUUUCCAUGAAUCCAUUAUCCGUUAUCAUACUCAAUAGAAAGCCAGAAUAUAAAAAGGGAACUGAAUUCACUGCAGAUGCAUCGGACUCUACCUCGAAAACGAUGAAUUUGAAAUUGAUUGUGCAAAAGUCCAUGAAUAAGCUAUUGUAUGCUGAAGCCGAGCAGGAUUUCAUAGACUUUCUGUUUAGUUUCCUCAUAAUCCCACUAGGUGGAGUCGAGUCCCUUUUAUCACGUAACUCUCACGUUGAGGCUAUCGACAACUUGUAUAAGAGCACAUCUGAUCUUAUCCAUGACAAGUAUUUCAAGUAUCCCGAGGUCAGAAAUAGGCUAAUGAAGCCCUGCAUACCUCAUGGUUAUAUUUCCGAAAACCACAUUUUCCCCCUCGCUGAAGUUAAGCCAAUUUAUCCCGGACAAGGCAACUGGCGUCCUUCAGCUAAAUUCCCCAGAGGGCAAGGGAAUUAUCUUAUAGGACCAAGAACUUAUAAGAUCACUGAUGAUUUAACCGUGACACCUUUUUCUGUUGUGUGUAUGCUUUCAAGUCUUAAUGAGAAGAAAAUUCCAGUGUCUGAUGUCGAAGAAGUGGAGCUGCAAAUCGGACUGAACGAGGGUUUAAGCAUACUGAAAGCGUCUCUUACAUCAAAAUGUGCUCUCACAGAUGCUCUGCUCACUCAAAUUUUGAACAGAAAACGAAAGAGACAAGAAGUGUGAGUGUGGCCCCAAAUAUUGCUUUUGUGUUCCAAUAUGUGACAAGGAUGGCUUAUGUUAUAGAUUGCAUUUUCUUUUUGUAGUAAUGUUCUUUUCCUUUUCAUUUAUGUAGACAUUUUGUGUUCCUGCAGAUUGUUGGUCAGUAUCCAUUCCAUCA